CUCAGCCCGAUCCACCCCGGGCUCUCUAUCGCCCCCCAAAAUUUCCUUUCGCUUUCGAUCUCUGGCUGUCACCCGGCCUGGCCCCUUCCACGCCCAGCCGGGGCAAGCCUGAUCUGGCCAUAGGCAUGAGGGGCCUCCGGCCGAGAUGAUAGUGCUGGCGCCAGCCUGGAGCCCAACUACCUCCCUGCUGCUGCUGCUACUGCUCAGCCCUGGCCUCCGCGGGUCCCCCGACUGUUCCUUCAGCCACAGCCCCAUCUCCUCCACCUUCAAGGUCACCAUCCGAAAGCUGUCUGAUUACCUGCUUCAGGAUUACCCAGUCACCGUCGCCUCCAACCUACAGGACGACGAGCUCUGUGGGCCAUUCUGGCACCUGGUCCUGGCCCAGCGCUGGAUGGGUCGGCUCAAGGCUGUGGCUGGGUCCCAGAUGCAAAGCCUGCUGGAGGCGGUCAACACCGAGAUACAUUUUGUCACCUUGUGUGCCUUCCAGCCCCUCCCCAGCUGUCUUCGAUUCGUCCAGACCAACAUCUCCCACCUCCUGCAGGACACCUCCGAGCAGCUGGCGGCCUUGAAGCCCUGGAUCACCCGCAGGAAUUUCUCGGGGUGCCUGGAGCUACAGUGUCAGCCCGCAGACUCCUCCACCCCACUGCCCCCAAGGAGCCCCAGGGCCUUGGAGGCCACAGCCCUGCCAGCCCCUCAGGCCCCUCUGCUGCUCCUCCUGCUGCUGUUGCCUGUGGCUCUCUUGCUGAUGUCCGCCGCCUGGUGCCUGCACUGGCGAAGAAGGAGAUGGAGAACGCCCUACCCCAGGGAGCAGAGGAAGACACUGAGGCCCAGAGAGAGGAAUCACCUGCCCGAGGACACAGAGCCGGGACUCGGAGAAAGUCAGCUAGAGACUGGUUCCUUCCUCGACCACGCUGCCCCGCUCACUCUCCCCCCGGGAUGGAGGCAACGCCAGCCCCCAACGCCAGCCCCAGACCCACCUAUCCCCCUCUGUACAAAGUCCUUGUCCUCAGGAAAUUGUAUAUAAAUCAUCCUUUUCUACCA